AUGUCCAAAAGACAAUUUAGAUUUAAGGGCCGCACGGUCAAGGUGGUGGAAACUUGUAACGGGCUAGUAUGCCUCCAUCACCGCCUUACCACGUUAAUUUGGAACCCAUGUACUAGAAAGUUUGUGAUUUUGCCUCCGGGCACUGUUUCUGCUUCUGAGUAUGAUCCUAGAAGUUAUUCAUUUGGCUAUGAUUCGUGUACCGAUGACAAUAAGGUUUUGAGAUUUGUAAGAGAAAGGCGUGUUUCUUGUGCAGUUGAGGUUUGGUCCUUAGCCAGGGGCUCCUGGAGGAAUGUUGUUACUCCAAACUUUGUCGAUGAAAUGCUUCCCAGUACAAUGUUUGGCCCUGUGAUUGAACCGGCUUUUGUUAAUGGUGCCAUGCAUUGGAUUCAGGAUCGUGUGGAUGAAAAUGUGAUUUUGUCUUUUGAUUUGUCCACUGAAUCAUUUGGCAAGAUUCUGUUACCCAAUGCCGAUUCGAGAAUCAAAUUUAGGAUGUUUGUAGAUUUUUACUAUGUUUCAAGAUGCGUAGACUCCCUUGCCUUCUUUGAGAAUAAUAGAAUUCGGAGUACUGCCUUGGUUUCUUGA